UGGGAGCAAACGGAGAACGUCAUUUCAAGUGUAUGUUGACUAUCGUGAGCAGCACUCAAGGCUUUAACAAAUUUCACGUGUGUUGACAGCAGGCUUAUUGAACUAUAAUUUGCAGUGUAUGUCGUAGUAAGCUCUGUCCAUACGUUCCUUAUUUAUAAUUCAGCGAAAAAUCUCGCUUGUGCUUAAUUUAUUUAAGAGACCUUUCUGUUCGCAUACAGAAACUGCAGUGACUCUGUUGUAUUUUGGCCGAUUCGAAAGGUGGGAUAAAGCUGAUCUGAAAUCGAAUAUAAGAUUUUCCAGAAUAAGCCUGUGUUUUACCUUCGUGAAAAGAAUGAUGUCUUAAGACAAAAAGCCAUUUGCUUUAAAAUUGAGACAAGAAGGUGAAUGCCGCUGGCCUCAGGAUGCUCACGAGAGUUGUGACACACUGAAUGUAAACUUGUUAGAGUUGCACCCAAAUAUCGUGAAAAAAUAAUUUUGUAAGCAUGCCGAGUAGUAAUAUUCAGUUUAUGAAUCUCUCGUAACACUGAUCGUGUUUUAUUUUUGAAAUACUGUGUCAUCGUUCUCAAACCAACGGCCAACCUGGUACCCUACCAGAAAACCCCUCUUCGCGAGUGCAAGGGUCUGUCUCCGGAAUCUCAUGACCCGCACAUGGUAAGCAGUCACCCUACGGACAACAGACCGGGGACUAUGCCCGUCAUUUCCCCGGGAGAGUACGACCCACCCCCACCACCCAGCAAUUGUGCCGGCUGUGGUGGUCAAAUAUCGGACCGUUACUAUCUCCAGGCGGUCGAUCGUCAGUGGCACGUGUCGUGUUUGACAUGCCAUCGCUGCAAAGCGCAGCUGGACACAGAAUUGACAUGUUUCUGGAGGGACGGACACAUCUAUUGUAAAGAAGACUACUACAGAUUAUUUGCUGUGAAGCGGUGCUCUCGUUGCCAGCACGGGAUCUUCGCUUCCGAGCUUGUGAUGAGGGCUCGAGAUCUUGUAUUUCACCUCCAUUGUUUCACUUGCGCGUGGUGUAACACGGCCCUGACGCAAGGAGAUUACUUCGGACUGCGAGAUAACCUUGUCUACUGCCGAGCGCAUUACGAGAUGAUGUCCCGAGACUAUUUCGCCUCGCCGCCGGCUGACGAACAUCCCGCUCUCCAUCCUCUCGCGCAUCCUGGGGCGGAGGAAAGUCUUCUGGCGGAGAGGCCGACGGUGGGGCAUUGCUUGGGGUACGGCCCAUUCUCGACGACGUGCGGCGGGACCGUCACGACAGGCCGGAAAGGCAGGCCGAGGAAGAAGAAAAAUGGAGACUUAGCAGGGGCGGAUGCCCUAUCCAGACAUAAUUCCGGUUUAUCACCCAUCGACUCCACAGCUUGCAAUCUCCACCUUUCUCAUCUCGAUGGCACGAACUCAACCUCACAGUCUUCUCCUCCCUUAUCCAGCAACGGAGGACAACGGACGAAGCGCAUGCGCACGUCCUUCAAGCACCAUCAACUAAGAACGAUGAAAUCUUACUUUGCCAUCAACCAAAAUCCAGAUGCGAAAGACUUGAAGCAGCUGGCACAGAAAACGGGCUUGUCGAAGAGGGUGUUACAGGUUUGGUUUCAGAAUGCUCGGGCUAAAUGGCGGCGAAAUAACAUGAAACAACAAGAUUCGAUACCAGGUAUGAUGUCAAAUGACCAACCCCCAACCCCCCAGUUGCAUCAGGGCGGCCACAUGGGGGGAGGUUUGUGCAGCCCGGGUGCUACAAGUUCUUACUCCGAGCCCAGCCCUGUACAUUCAUGCGGAGGGGUGGCUUCUGAUGGGUCCUUGUCGACACAAGUGGGACCUGGUGCCUCGAUGGACUUCGACAGCAGCAAUCCCCUGACGCCAAUCGUGAACCACCAUGGUAUGAACCCGAACUCUGUUCACAAUGGCGAAGCUGUCAUGCAUAUAACUUCGUUUCAUGAACUUUUUUGAAAGUGUCCAGAACUAUAGGGAUGGAUUCAUAUGCCUUAUGAAUCAUUAAACUACAGAUCUCUUCAGGUCUUAAACCAGGACAUCUUGCCGCUGGUCUGCGAAGAUGUCCUUGAGUGACGUAUUUUACACAGACACGGAUUCUUUUUCAACUUCCAGAUUUUUAUUCCUAAAGCCGUAUGGAUGUACAGUAAUCUGCACAUAUAUGUCAACUGGUAAAGCUAAAAUCAAUAUAAUGCACAGAUUUUUUACCGAGACUUAUUAGUUUCAUGUCGAUAUAUAAUGUACAUAUAUUGUGCGCGAGUUUUAAGGAUAAGAAAAAUCUAUCUUUAAAAAGUUCAUUAACAUGUCUGAAAGUUCACAAAAUGUACUUAUUUGGGAAAAAAUGCAUUCAUAUUCCUUAAAAUUCGGAAGAAAGAAUCUAGAGCAUUUUUGUCGGAACGUAAUGUUCUGAAAUCUACUUUUUUGUUACAUAUCUGUUUCCCAAAUUUUCUGUUGUUUGUGAAUCAGUCCUUAAAUUGGAAAACUUUCUGAAACGCAGUUAAUUUUAUAGAUUUUCAAACCCAUCUUGAUACUGUAUAUGCUAAAAAAUUGCUUUAUGUAUAGGUUUUAUAUAUGCCCGAAUUAAAACGAUUCUGAGAUAUUUUUCGAUGUUCGAAAAGAAAACCAGAUGUGUACAUAUUUUUCACCGAACAAACAGCUAAUACAUUUUAGUUAACAGAACAUCGAAAGGCACCAAAAGAUCAAGAAACUAAAGACUUAAAAAAAGAUGUUUUUUAAUAGCAAUUCCAAAGCUAAGUGUCUUGAGUUUAUGCAUCAAUCUGUCCAUGCAAACCUUCCAGUAUUGUACAGUUAGAAUGAGUAUGAAGUACAUCAAUAAAAUUUUAAUGGUAUUUUCUUGUAAA